CUCUCCAAUGGAACCGGUGCGAUCAGGAUGUUUCUGCGCCUUUGUCCUCUUUCUCGCUGUCCGCCUUCGUGCAGCGGACUGCGUGAAAGUGAUCGUAGGAGACCAGUUUGAAGUUCCUGUAAGCUGCGAGCCGGGCGAAUCGGGGAGGCUGCUGCGGGACUUGGGGGAUCAUGGUACCCUGGAGGUCGCUACUUGUCAGCGCGGAGAGUGGACGGUGACCCUCGAGAAGCACAGAGACCGGAUAAAGAUCAUCUCUUCGAACAUCGUCUUCACCCACACGCUGUACACCGAUGGAGGGAUGUAUGAAGUGACCUGCUCCGAGUCUGACACCAAGCCCGUCCAGCUGGAGGUCGUUUUUGCUGUUGAAAAGUCCGUGACCGAGGGUGAUGACGUGACGCUCCCGUGUUACGGUAGAACCAUCGGGGGAACUGGCUUACCUGGUCUGUGGGAGAAACACGGAAAACAUCUGUGUGGGAAGAACUCCGACUAUGAAGAAUGCAGCGGGACACCUGCGGACAGACUGACUGUGUCCACUGACUGGAUCACUAACGGAGAUCAUUCUCUGACUAUUGCCGGGGCGCAGCCUCAGGAUAGCGGGGAUUAUUUCUGCUACACCCAAGAUCAACACGGGAAACAAUCUGGAACUCCUGCUGCUGUUAGACUGACCGUCACUGAGAAAAUGACUCAUCAGAUGAUCAACAACAGCACAGCAGCACCUAGAAAUCAAACUAAUAGUUGUGCCGAACUCACUCAGCCUUGGCAGAUCUCCACCUGGGUUCUCACUGCGAUCCUGCUGCUUGUUGCUCUCCUUCAUUUGUGGCCCCGUGGGAAAAUACGCUGUGAUUCUGAAAAACUCUACGAGCUGGUACACAGAAGCUGCCAUGCAUCCAACUCUGGCGAAGCUACAACACAUGUUUAAAUAGAUCAGAUUAUUUAUUUUAUUUAUCA